AUGGACAAUAACCUGAGACGGAAAGAUACAACCAAGGGCCCUCCGCUGCGCAUCUUGUCUUUGGAUGGUGGUGGAGUUCGCGGAUACUCCAUGCUCCUAAUCCUUCAAGAGUUGAUGCACAGGUUAUACGUCGAAUCCGAAGGAAAACCUCCUAGCAGAGAUGCAACCCCGAAACCAUGCGACUACUUCGACUUGAUUGGUGGCACUGGGACCGGUGGCCUCAUCGCUAUCAUGCUGGGGCGAUUGCGCCUGGAUCUCGAGACUUGCAUGGAUGUCUAUGUUAAGAUGACGAGAAGAGUGUUCGAAACCGAUAAAACCUUUGCUGGCAUUCCCUAUAAGCACACUCUGUUCAAGGCUUCGAAACUCGAGGAAGCCAUCCGGGAAUGUGUCUCUGCGCACACCAUCUACGAAGACGAGGGAUACGAUGGCAGAGGCCGAGAAUUCCAAGAUUUGACCAGUCCAAUCAGUGCUACCAGCUCUGUAGCAGUCCGCCGAUCGAUGAGUAUUAGAAGUACAAAUUCGGUCUCAAGCCCCGCCACUCUCCGGAAUUCCAUUAUCUCGCCCAAUUUUCCCGGGUUCGGGAAUCCUAACGCCACCCUCUACGACGGACGCGAAAACCGAACCAAGACGGCCGUGACAGCCGUCUAUAGGGGCACCAAUCCCCGAACUGGUUCAUCGAUUCUUUUGCGAAGUUACGAUUCGAGGAGAGAGCCCGCACCCGAGUUUAAUUGCACCAUCUGGCAAGCCGGUCGAGCAACAUGUGCCACUCAACUCGCAUUCAAGCCAAUCCAGAUUGGCCAAACCGUCUUCAGCGACGAAGGUGCAGGAAAGUACAAUCCAGUCGCUCAGAUCCUGGAGGAAGCAGGGAAUGAAUGGCCAGCACGCGAAGUCGGUGUUUUCAUCAGCGUUGGCACGGGCAAGCGUCCAGCCAAUUCCUCCAUUCCUGACCAUGAAUGGUGGGAGGGCUUCCUCGGAGGCUCUGUGGGCACCUUUGCGGAAGGUCGAAGGAAACUCAUCCAAAAAAUCGAGGACUGCGAAACGGAGCACCAACGGAUGCUCAAAACCGAGCUGACAAGACGUGGUGUGCCAGCCGAGAACUACUUUCGACUAAAUGUCGACACAGGUCUCGCAAAUCAAGUUGGGACAAAUGAAUGGGCUGCCCUCAACGUUGUUACCACCAACACCAGAAAAUACCUACAAAAAGCCGAUGUUCAGGAAAUGCUGAAAGAAGGGGCUCUUAAAAUGGCCAGAAUCGAACUCAUGAAGAGACGACAAGAUCGCCGUGCGAUAGCAGAGAGCCACAGUCGUGACUCCAGCUGGGGAUAUCGCGAGUCCGAGAGUCUAAACGUGCCCGCAUCCCCCUUGGCCCCUGUACAUCCAGGGGCUGUCGAACUUCCCGCCGAGGACAACAGUCAACUCACUCCCACUUCGAGACAGAGAAUUCCCGGAAAUCCACCCUAUCCGUUCGAGGGCACGGCAGCAAUCCAAGAUAAAUUCUCCGUCGUUUCGAGCGAGUCAAAUUCAUCCAGAGUGUCCAGCAACAAUCUCCCAUACCGAUUUGGAGAUGCCGACAAGUUCACGUAUCAGCCGCCCUCGAACUCAGCGUACAAUCCUGCCGAACCACCACCCCGACCUCCAAAGACGCCCAUAAACGAACCUGCCCAGAUGCGUCCUGCGCUGCGGCCCUCACCAGGCAGAACGAAUGGUGCCCAACAACAAAGGCCUCCAUAUCCUGAUUAUGACGAACUUCCUCCGCCACCACUCGUUUCCAAAUUGAGAAAGCCAGAAUUUAUUCCGCGGUCAGCGUGA